AUGACAGUUCUUAGCAUAAAAUGGGGCCGUGAGAAAACAGCCUUCGAGUUCAAGGACCGUUCACUCGCCGAUAUCCCCCUGGGUGAGCUCCGUCAACGGUGUCACGACUGGUCAGGAGUCCCCCUCGGUGGAUUGACCCUGAUCUCUGCGGGCGCAACCAUGAAGGACGACAAGGCCCCGCUCUCCUGCUUCGGCAUCAAACCCAACGGCCAGAUCACCAUGAUGGGCACCCGUCCCACAAAAACAGACAUCCGCACGCUGACAACCAACGGCGAUCCAGAAGAGUAUGCCCUCAUUAUCAAGAUCCAGUCUUCUCUCCAAAAGACCCUCGACCUCGUCGCGCAACAUGUUCCCCGCUAUGAACAAGCCGUCCAGGACUACAUCCAAUCCAAUUCGGGCCCCGUUAAUCUUUCCCAAAUACCCCUUCUACCCGCUCGAAAAGGUCUCCAGGACGCCCAUGGUCUUCUUUCCGAGAACCUGCUCCAGUCUCUCCUGAUCUUUGAUGGCGUCGUCUGUAAACCGGACUUUGAGGUCGCCCGUGCAACUAGGAGAGAGGCCGUCAAGGAAACACAGCGGCUCUUGGAUGUUAUUGAUGAGAUGAAUGAGCGCGUCAAGGCCUGUGAUCGAGGCGCCCCUCAACAGCCAUAA